AUGGCCAAAGGCGACGCGCCAACGGGGGUGGUGACGGAGCUGGGGGCAGAGAAGGCAGAGGCGGAGGUGGAUGCUGGCUUCGAGUUCGCCUUCAAUAACAAGGCCUUCUCCGACAGGGUCUUGCGGAUAGAGGUCGUCGGCACUAGCUGCAAGCGCCGCCGCUAUAAGGCUAAAGAUAAUGAGGGAGAAGGUAUUGACUCUUCUUGUGUUGUAAUGGGUACGCCAGGUUUACGAGUCAAGACCAUACAUGUCAGUUCAGUGAUCCUCGCCGCAAGAAGUUCUUUCUUUUUUAAGCUUUUCUCAAAUGGCGUGAAAAAAUCUGGUCAAAGACAGACAAAAAUUAGAAUUGCUGAUUCAGAGGAAAAUGCCUUUAUGGAGCUUUUAAAGUUUAUGUACAAUGGAAGGUUGACACCAACAACUGAGUCCACUCUUCUGGUUGAUAUCUUGAUGGCUGCUGACAAAUUUGAUGUCGUUUCGUGCAUCAAGCUUUGCAGUCAGCGGCUCAUAGGCCAGCCUAUGACCCUUGAAUCCGCAGUGAGGUGCCUAGAUAUCCCAUGUUCCAUUUCAAUGGCAGCUGACCUAUCAGAGGCAGCCAAGAAAUUCCUUUCUAAAAGAUACGAGAAAUUCCUGUCAACAAAUGAACUUGUGGAUAUUGUUGUCACAAAAUCAUUAUAUCAAGGCAUUACAUGUUUCCAGGAUGAAUUGAUGAAGAUUCCUCUCGCUGGGAUUGUAGCCAUCUUAUCAAGGAAUCACCCUGGGGUUGCAUCUGAAGAAUCCGUCUAUGACUUCGUUCUAAGGUGGGCCCAUUUGCAGUACCCAAAUUCAGAAGAAAGGCACAAGAUUUUGAGCUCAAGUUUACUUCCACUGGUGACACUAGGGCGUAUCAUGACCAAUGCCAUCCAAACUGGCCAGUCGUCUUGCAUAAUUAACUUUAGCAUAAAGCGUGAGCACUGCUGCGGGCUCUUCCCAUCGAGAUCGAUACGCUCGCCACCAUUCUAUUGUGCAGGGCAUGGUUUCUUCCUCUCGGCGCUCGCUAAAACUGAGUCGUUCAACUUUUUUGGUCUCUUAAUAAAGAAGCUAGAAGGCAAUGGCCCACUAAGGGGGACAAUAGAUUAUGAGAUGGAGGUAACGGCAAGGCGGUCGUCGGAGUUUGCCUCCAUAUCGAGGCGCACCACCACCACCGACAUUAGACAAGCUUUUGGAUGCAGGAUUCCUUGGUCGGAGAUCAGUGCUGAUGAUAGCCCCUUCUUUGUCGACGACAAUCUCCAUCUGCGAGUUCGCAUCAAGAUAACGCCGCAGCCGUAG